GGAAAACUGCGGGAAACGGACGACGCGCACUUUCUCCUGCUUCACUGCAACUCUCACAUAAGAAACAGUGAAUUGCCAACAUCACACUUGAUCAUCACCAGUAAAGAAGAACAGCAGCGUUUUGAACUUUUCGAAAAUGCAGUCUGAUAGCAAUAGUGGAGCCAGAAGGGUGUCACAAACUAAUGACAAUAUCCAGGAAAGCAUGAAUCAUACAAGCAAGAAAAAAGAAGAGGGGCUUGGAAAUAAUGGACGUGAUCCACUAAAGGAAAGGCCAAACUAUUUUUGCAAGGUGGAAUGGAAAGAGGGACAAUCAAAAAGUCACCUGCAGCAGAGUGCUGAAGGCCAAAGCCAUACUUUUCAUUUCCGCUACAAAUUCAAGAAACACGCCGUGGUGUGUGAUACAUCCAAGACUGUGCUUGAUGCUCUUAAUAAAAACAAGAUUUUCAAAAAGAUUAAAGAAGACAACAAGGAGAAAGAAAUAGUGAUCCAGAGAUCCAAAGGAGCAGUUCCUAGAGCGGCUGUGAAGACCGAUUUCCCCUGUUGUCUUAUUGAAAGAGAUGAGCUCUUAGACAUAUCCUUCAUCAAAAAUGGUGGAAAUAAUCCUUCAUACGAACCUGAAAGGCUUUCAUUCUCCAAUCAAUCAAAAAACCUAGUGAUCUUUUAUAUUAAAACAAAAGGAGGGCAGAAAGUGAAACAUUUAAUGGAAAACAAUGAGCUGAGAAAGAAAGUUGAUGAUGUUUGUGUGUACGCAUUCAAAGAAGACAAGCUGAAGGCUGCUCUAAAACGUGAUGGCCGAUUCUCCAAACUCAUGUUCAAGAAACAAUGUGCACUUUCUGAGUUUGGGAGCAAAACAAUCCAUGAAAUGUCAAACACUGUAGAGCAUCUUGAUGGAAAGCAUUUUGAGGUCAUUGUGAUCAGUGACAACAACCAGCCAGAUAGUCAAGAUGAUUUCUUGAGUGACGUCAACGCUGAAAUGAAUGAAGCUUCAGCUGCUGAUUUGAAAGAAAAUGUUGAUCCUAACCAGCAUCCCAUCAACACCAAACAAGACGAAACUCAAAAGAGAAGUACAGUGAAAUCCACAUAUCCUUCAACUACUUCUCCUAAAACAAUUCCAGACUCUGAAGAGAUUCUAGGAAUUCUGCGUACUCAGUUUAAAGAUUUACUGGAGACAUUAAAGCAACGAGAGAACCUGAAGAACAAAUCUGAUAUCCAAAAGUUCUUCAGAGAAGAAUAUGAUAAAUGUGUUCAGAGUUUCUUGGAAGUGAAGAAAGUAAAGCAGCUCAUGAGACUUUCUGACUCUGUGUGUCAGAUUCGAGUGGAGGGAACCGCCAGAGGAACCGGAUUCUUACUGUUUGACAGAUUCAUCCUCACCAAUGCUCAUGUUAUUGGAGAAUUUGACCCUUUCACCAGGAAACUUUCAAAGACCUUCACCGCAGUAUUUGGCUUUGAAGAUUUGGAAGCAAAGGAGACCAUGUGUAUGCCGGUCAAGGAAAAUGUUGCAGCGUACUAUCAUGGAAAGUUCAAGGACAUGUAUCUUGACUUUGCUCUUCUUGAACUGAAAGAUGCUGAUGAAAUCCCUGACUGUACUGGAUUGCUCAGUCGAUACAUUAAUGGCCCCCCUCCUAACAGUGGUAGGAUCUGCAUUGUGGGACAUCCAGGUGAAGGGGUCAAGAAAAUGGACCCCUGCUUCAUCAUUGGGAAAGAGCAUCUACAAGAGGCUGCAGAUGAACACCUCUCGGACAAUGUCCAUUUAAUUCAUGUGAUAACACAACAGUCUUUGGCAGAGAAAUGGGAAAUGCAUGACAACCAGAUCAUUUAUAACACUUGUUUCUUUCACGGAUCCUCUGGCUCUCCAGUUUUUGAUGAAGACUGCUAUCUGAUUGGCGUUCACACUGGUGGAUAUGUGUACAGAGGAAAAAAUGGUAAAACUAGGAGCAUUAUGGAAUACGCCUAUUCCAUGCAGCCCAUCCUGGAAAGUAUCAUCACACAGGCCAAGAAAAGUGAGAGAGCUGACAUCUUAAAAUUACUCUCUGAAUAUAAAUCUUUAAAUAUUAACUUGGAAGAAAGUGAUGUGGACAUGGAAGAAGAUCCACAAAAUCUGGAGGAUUUUAUAUGAGCAGUGGGACAGUACAGUCUUGAGUCCUGCUUGAUGCCACAUCCAUCUAUUUGGAUGAAAGACUUUUCAUUUAUCUUGAUGUAUUCAUAUGCGUAAAUCUGGAAGAUGAGAGGGAGCUGUAGAAAUUUAAGCAGCAUUUUCUCCACAGAACAGUGUGAGUGUUAGGAUGCUGUUUUUUGAGGUUUCGCUUCCUACCCUUGAAGUGUUCAUUUUUUGUUUAUGAACUUUACUGUGUUUUUUGGGUUUUCUUUAGUUAUAUUGUGUUAAUCCUCCUGUGGUUGUAACCUUACAACAAAAAAUUCUGUUUUCUGGAGUGUAAAGGCCGCAUUUACACUGGAACAAAAAGAUUAGAUCUUUUUGCUCACACCUGAGACAGAUCGGAAAUUGUUGCACACGUGUAAUCACAAAAAUCCGGACAAGAUCAGAUUUUUUUUGUAUCCAAUCUGGGCCACUUCCAAAUGUGGAUUUUAAUUGGAUACAUAUCCAAUAUCAGGAUAUCCGACCUACGUCUAAACACGUAUAUCCGAUUCCCCUCUGAAUCCCCAAUGUGAUAAUAAUACAGAAUAAUACAGAAUAAUACCGGCGUGCUAUGCGUCGCAUUUUAUUGAGAUGGAAACUUUAUAUAGGUAAGAAAUUGCACAUUUAAGAGCUGGUUUUAAACCCCUGCUCCGUGAAUUUUAUAAGUACAACAGCUACACUACUUAAAGCUACAUUAUAUUUCUCAGCAAUGAGGUCAUUACGUUUUGUAAUUAAACCAACAAGCUUCAAUUAUUCGCAAGCUUCACACUCGCUCACGCAUUCACUUUCUCUUGUUUAUUCAUUCUAAUUUUUGGCGCUACUUUAUUUGACUAAAGAAUUCUACCUCUAACAAGCUUUAGAUAAAAUAACAAACGAAAAUUACUGUAUUUUUCGGGUCUUUAUCCAUUCAGUCAGAUUUUGUGUUGCAAAACAUCCAUGUCAGCUGUUGUCCAUGCUGGAAAAUAAUAAUGGCCACUCAAUGUGAAUUAUGAUAUAAUUCUAAUAGCACAGCGAUUUAAACCAAACACAGAUAUCGGAUAGCAGUCGGCUCUAAAGCCAAAUCUAGGCGGGCCAAAAAAAUAAAAAAAUCAGAUAUGGUCAAAAGAUUGGAUUUCUGCAAGACUUUCAGUGUAAAUGCAGCCUUUGUUUCCAUACCCUUUUGUUUCUGGUUCAUAAGUUUGUUUCAUAAGUUUGUAUUGCUAAUUUGGGAUGGGGUUAUUAAAGAGGGGGUGACAUUUACUUUUUAGACUCGUUUUCUCCUGUUUAUGUCAGUAAGGGAGUUAAUGUAUUUUGUUGUACUUUUGUUUUCUUUUGGUAGCUUGGUUUCCCUUUUUAUUAGGUAAAUGAGUUAUGCUUGUUGUUUGGCCUGAGCCCCCUCUCGAAGCCACUGAGCCCUCCUGCAUUUGUAAAUUAAAGUGUUUUGUUCUGGAUUUAAGUUGUAUAGUGGGUUUUCUUUUUGUGAGUUUUUGGGGUUGAGUGUUGAGU